AUAAAAACGUCGAUCUAGUUUUAAUCAUUGAUUAAAACCACAGAAGUGUAAAGUUUAGUUUAAACAAUAUUCACAUUUUAUUUGCUAGAACGAAAUGGUGCUGUCUAUACACACCGCUCUGCGAUUUCUCAUAGCAAUAUGCACAAUAAAUGGCCUUAAUUCUAACCCAACACGAAAUAGGAAUGCUCCCUUAGGGGUCCUAUCGGAACUCAUGGGCAAAAGUGGCAACAAACCUUUGAUUGUGGUGAUAGACACAAAUGGUAGUUCAAGAAAUUUAGGUGAUGAAGCACCAUCAUCAGUUUCAGCUCGUGAUGACUCCAAUGACUACCAUGAACACAAUAAGAAUAGCCGCCAUAAUCGAAAUAAUUUGGAUAACAAUACUAAUAAAAAAUUGAAUACCUUGAAUAGUAUAUCACGAGAUGCCUAUGAAGCAGUCAUGUAUGAUAUUCUUAGGACAAGUCACAUCCUUUUAGAUAACCAUCAAAACAAAGAAUCUAAUCGUAAGUAUACAGCUGAACAAUGCUCAAAUUCCAAAGACAAAAGCAGUUGCCCAGGCAGUGAUAGUAAGCAGUGUUAAUAACCAAAAUCAUUAAAGUUCUUUAUCACUACUUGGCACUAUUUUAUGGAAUAUCUGUAUUAAUAGAAAAUACCACAUACGUGAACCGACAGCAUGCACUUAUCAUGAAUGAGAGUCCCAGUGUGAUUCGAAAAUAAUUGAGCGUUUCUCGAACGUUUCACGAAAAUAUGGGGCACCGUACACAAUAACGGCACGGACACGGCACGGUUGCGGCACGGCGUUUUUUGCGUUGGAAACGAUAUAAAAAGGCUGUAUGCGUGCUGUCAUUGCACGCAACGCGCACUUAUAUCCUUAUUGUGUUGAAUUUAUGAAAGAUACGACCAUACGACCUAAGAUGGAAUGUUCAAAAUCAAAUAAUAAGUUAAUUUCUGUGAUAAGGGGUGCCGUUAAAGAAUGAUAUAACCUUAAGUCGUAUUAAAAAACAUGUUGGUGUGGUUCAAAUUCCUCUUAUCAUUAUCAACUUAGAUACUGCCGAGUUUUGUAGUUGUUCAUUCUGCAAGUUCAGUACCUCAUGUAAUCCAAAAAAGCUCAUUCUCUAGUUAAUCAUUACUAAAUAAAUAUAUCUUUAUCAUUCAUACUUAUUGUACUCCAAUAAAAUUUUCUCA